AUGAGAUAUGUAGUGGCCAACCUCUUCCAACCCAUGUUCGCCCACCGCCACUUCCCCUGCUUCAGCGAACCGAGGUACAAGGCGACCUUCAACCUGACUAUUCUGCGGAAGGCUCCUCUCACAAGCCUCUCAAACAUGCCGAUGAAAGCUUCGAAAGCACGAAUCGAUGGAUGGACGGCGGAUACUUUUGAAACAACGCAGCCAAUGACUGUUUACACCCUCAGUAUAUUCGUAGGGAGUUUCAACCAUCGAACUGUCACAACCAAAAGGGGGUUGAAGAUCCGACUGUGGGCGCGGUCUGCGAUGAUGCCUAGUAUGACAUUUGCCCUUCAGAUGGCGCCAAAGAUAAUUGAUUACCUAGAGGAAUACACGUCUUCCAAAUUUCCACUCCCCAAACUAGACAUUAUUAUGGUGAUGGGACUAACCGCAAGUGGUAUGGAGAACUGGGGCGCUGUAAUAUACCAGGAAGAGAGCAUGGCGUGCCGCCGAUGUGAGGAGACCAGCCAUUGGGACCAUGAGAAGACUGGGCGGAGCUUGAGACUACUUGCCCAUGAGUUGGCACAUCAGUGGUUCGGGAAUCUGUUGACGAUUUCCGGCUUCGAUGACGUCUGGCAAAAUGAAGGAUUCGCCACCUAUUUCUCCACGAAGAUCACAGCGGCGCUUCUCAAGAACAAAUAUGACUUGGAUGGAGCCAUCCACAAGGCCAGAGUAGAAGCCCUCAUGCGGGACAUCCAUCCCUUCAGCAUGACCAUGAGAGACACAGUUUACAACCCAGAGAAGUUACUCGAUAUAUUCGACUCCAUAGCCUACGCAAAGGGCCAUCUCCUACUCAGGAUGUUAAACCACGUCAUUGGAGAAGACACCUUCAGGAAGGUUAUACGACAUUAUGUAACCUCCAACGCGUUCACCACCGUCACUUACAGAAACUUCAUAAAAAGCCUCCAAAAGGUAAUCCCCGACGAAGACCUUCGUCGCGGUGCUGUCUCAAUGGUGACAACCUGGUUGACAACUGCAGGGCAUCCCAUCGUGACCGCAGAUUACUCCAAGGAGACCGGAGUGAUACGCAUCUCUCAAGAGAGGCUAGAAGCCUGCAUUAGAACGCCGAAGAAGAACGUGUCACAAUCAUGGACAAUACCAUACUCCAUCGGAGUGUUGGGGACAAACGUUGUCGGGCCGAACUUCCUUUUGGCAGAGUCCACGAACAUAACGCUUCCAUACCACUCCCGGAAUAAUAUUUUCGUAAUACUGGACCCGGGCGUAUUUGGGGCGUACAGGGUUAACUAUGAUGCUAAUACGUGGACUCACAUUGCCGAGACGGUCGCUAAUAAUUAUAAGGUUAUACCUCGGAUUCAGCGUAUAAGGUUACUGGAUGAUGCCAUUAUGCUUUCAAGACUUGGGAAGAUGAAGCCCAUCCACGUGUUUAUGAUAGCAACAUGGCUGAAGCAUGAAACGACAUACGACAUUUGGAAGACAUUCCUUGACUAUGUUGACGACAGGUGGCACUGCUUCAGGAGGAUGAUGAAGACUUACAUGUGUCACAUCCUGCCCCCAGCACUCAGACGGCGACAUCAUCAAUCAAAUCAGAAAGGGGAAGACUGGUUGUACCGAUUGCUGCGGCGAAACGUGUGCAAAUACAACUGCCCUAUGUCAGAAAUAUAUAUUGGUCAUUGCAAGGAAGUCAGGUUUACAGCUCGGCAAGGCAAAUGCGAUUUUAGGAUCUGGAAUGUGCUGAGUUGGCUAAAGAGGGACGCUACAAAGUCUAUCUAACUUGAUGAA